CUGCCCCCUUGGAGCUCCGGCAGCACCAGCCCCCUGCCCCAUCUCCGGAGCCCCCCGGCCCCCGCCGGGUGCGGGUGCCAGCUCUGGCUCUGUCCUUCAGGGGUGCUGACCCGAGCGGUGUUGGUGAGGCCCCCCCGGACCCAUGGCCCACAGUGCCAAGCAGCUGCCUGCUGGGAUGCUACAUGCCACAGGCAAAGCUCAGCAUGGGAACUUCCUGGUGGCCAUCAAGCAGGAGAAGGGAGAGUCUGCACGAACGAGCGGUGAGAAGCCACACGGCGAGGAGGAGCCAGUGAAGAAGAGGGGCUGGCCCAAGGGCAAGAAGAGGAAGAAGAUCCUUCCCAAUGGCCCCAAAGCCCCUGUGACAGGCUAUGUGCGUUUCCUGAACGAGCGGCGCGAGCAGAUCCGCACGCAGCAUCCUGACCUGCCCUUCCCGGAGAUCACCAAGAUGCUGGGGGCUGAGUGGAGCAAACUGCAGCUUUCAGAGAAGCAGCGGUACCUGGAUGAAGCGGAGCGGGAGAAGCAGCAGUACAUGAAGGAGCUGCGGGAGUACCAGCAGUCAGAGGCCUACAAGAUGUGCACGGAGAAGAUCCAGGAGAAAAAGAUCAAAAAAGAGGACGUGGGCUCUGCGGCAGUGAACACCCUGCUGAACGGGCACCCACACAAGGCUGGCGAGUGCAGCGACACCUUCUCCACCUUCGAUGUGCCCAUCUUCACGGAGGAGUUCUUGGACCAAAACAAAGCCCGGGAAGCCGAGCUGCGGCGCCUGCGGAAGAUGAACACAGAGUUUGAGGAGCAGAACGCCAUCCUGCAGAAGCACACGGAGAGCAUGAACUGUGCCAAGGAGAAGCUGGAGCAGGAGCUGGCCCAGGAGGAGAGGCAGACCCUGGCCUUGCAGCAGCAGCUCCAGUCCGUGCGACAGGCCCUCACCGCCAGCUUCGCCUCCCUCCCCAUCCCUGGCACUGGGGAAACCCCCACGCUGAGCACUCUGGACUUCUACAUGGCCAAACUGCACAGCGCCAUCGAGAGCAACCCGCUGCAGCACGAGAAACUGGUGGUGCGCAUCAAGGAGAUCCUGUCCCGGAUAGCUAGUGAACACUUGUGAAGAGGACCAGUCCUGCCCGGAGCCCGGGGCCGGCCGGACCACGGCCCUGUCCCUUGGAGCUCACACAAAGGACAGUCUCUGCUGGUGGUCCGGCUGCUUCCCCUCCACCCCCUGCACCUCGCUGGAGUGAGCUGCACCCCCCAGCCCUGGCGCAGCUGGGCCCUGCGGCUGCGCCAUCUCUGAGGACCGCGAGGUUCUGGGGACCAAACGGUGACAGGGCUGAGAGCCACCAGCCGGGGCGGUGCUGGGCGGGAGGGUCAGCGGCGGGUGGUGUGAGCGUCCCCCCACUCCUGCCAGCUCCCCCACCUCCCCCUCGUGACAUCAGAGGCAGUCUGGUGGCAGAUGAGGUGCCUGAGGGUUACUGGCCUGGCGUGCCUCUUCCUGGGUGACCCAGGGCUGCCAUUAACCGCCCUGUGAUGGAAGGGAGGGAGGCAGCCGCCUGCCCUGGGAGCCCCUGGGGCUCGGCGCUGCCUCCUGGCCCCUAGGUCAGCCCAGGAAGCCUCCUGGUCCCCCGUCCUGCAGCGGGUGAGGGGGCAGGCUUCCUUCCACCCACCUCUGGCUUUAUUUAAUCUUCCCACUUCCCCUUGCUGCUCCCCAACGCGUGCCUUCAGCCCCCCACCUCUGUCACCCUGCCUGUCACCUCUCCUUCCCCUGCACCUCUGGGACCAGGCAGGGCAGCUUCUGCCCUCUGCAGCGGUGAAGGCAAAAAUAAUUAAAAAAAAUCUUUAUGCUGGAGGUAGAGCUGAGCCUGACCCCUUCCUCUCUGGGGCGGGGAGCCUGGGGGGUAGUGCACAGGCCUUUGGCUUCCACCUCCCUGCCCAAGCCCGUCCUGCGUCGUGGGACCACUGUGACAGCAGCUGUGUCCUGGCUGUGCUGCCAGGCUUGGCCGUCCCAGCUCUGCCUGUCACUAAUCUCAGACUGUGUAAUUAGAGAGUGUCUUAUUUUCUUACUAGCACUAUGCUGAUCUGGCCCCGGGUUUAACCCGGGGCUGGUGUGCGACCGCUCCUCUUGCCUUCGGGGUCUGUGCUCUGUAGAUGAGUCUUCUGGUUGCCAUCUCCUGGUGGCCGCUUGGCUUGGGAUGGAGAUGGGAGCAAAUAAAAGUUGGAGAAA